AUGGACGAGUUUAAUUUUCCUUUUCAACCAUAUGACAUUCAACUUCAACUUAUGAGAGCAAUUAAGAAUAGCAUUGAAGCGGGUCAGAUAGGAAUUUUCGAAUCACCAACUGGUACUGGAAAAUCUCUGAGUGUCCUUUGCUCCACUCUCACAUGGCUGAAAGAGAAUGAGUGCAAAACAGAAGCUCAGCUCAAAGAGGCUUCUGAAUUGAAAGAGCCUGAGGAAGACACUAACGUUGAUUUUGUGGAAUUGUUCAAAAGAAAAAAAGUCAUAGUAGAUAAGAAAAACGCAGCGAAAGAUAGUCUCGAACUGCGAGAUAAAAUAAAAGAACGAAUUCUCAAAGCUAAAGAUGGACAAAGCAAUAUUAAUAAUAAAAAAAGAAAGUUCAAUGAACUAUCUACUAAUGAUCAAAGCUCAAAGACGGAUGAUGAUGAGGCCGCACCCGAUGAAUAUAAUUCUGAUGAGGAACUAGUGGAAGACGUUCCUCCAGAAGAUAUGGCCGUAUUGAAAAUAUUUUACGCAUCGAGAACCCAUUCACAGUUGGAGCAGUUAGUUGAUGAAUUAUAUAAAACAGACUUCAAACCGAGGAUAGUUACAAUUGGAUCUCGUCAAGUGCUAUGUGUUAAUGAGGCCGUUCAAAAGCUGAAGGUUGGCCAUCUUAUCAAUGAGAAAUGCAUGGAACUUCGAAAAAAUGGAAGCGGGUCUUCCAAAAAAGCAGCUGAUGAAAACAAGAAAGCUCUGAACAAAAAAAGUACUCAGGGGUGUUCCUUUUAUAAAGCAACGGCUAUUGAAGAAUUGGCUGACGGGAUUCUAGCAGGUGAACUCAACAAAACAAGCAAAGUUACAAGUCGUGGAAAACAAGCAUGUGCCUGUCCCUAUUUCGCUAGUAGAAAAUCUAUUCCUCUGUGUGAGUUAGUUCUCUUGCCCUACCAGGUGGUUUUGCAUGCGGCUACCAGAGCAGCAUGGGGUAUUGAUCUCAAGGAUAAUGUCUUGAUUCUCGAUGAGGCACACAACAUACUACAGGCUAUAGGAAGCAUUUACUCGGCCGAAGUUUCUAUCAAAGGAUUGUCAAUGGCUUUACGAUUGAUAAGACAAUAUAUUGACACUUACAGAACUAGGUUGAAAUCAAAGAACUUGAUGUAUAUGCGACAGCUGAUGACAGUUGUAUCAGCUUUGGAGAGAUUCAUUCAAUCCGACAAUUUUAAAGAAGAUGAAGUUCUACUCAUCCAAGAUUUGAUCUUGAAACUGGGGUUAACCGAAAUCAAUCUAUUCAAAGUAGUUCAUUACAUGGAAGCUACGGAUCUAUGCAAAAAAUUCCAUGGAUUUUUCGUACGAGCGCAAAAAAAUGAUGUAAAAGCUAAACAAACUGAAGUUAAAACUAGUGGGCUAGCAAAAUUGAUGGCUAAGAAGACAGAAGAAGUGCCUGAUCAGCAAAAUCAACAACAAGCCAAUACCGGACCUAUUCCAUCCCCUCUCUAUUCAAUAAAAACAUUUCUUGAAGCUUUAAACAACAAAUGUGACGAUGGUCGCAUUGUCCUUGAUAAGAAAAACAUGAAGUAUCGUUACAUUCUGUUAAACCCUGGAGAACGUUUAUCCGAAAUUGCUCAGCAGACGCGUUCCACGAUCCUCGUUGGAGGAACGAUGGAACCAGCAGAUUUACUAGUCAAAAGCUUAGCUAACAAGGGGGAUGAAUCGAAAAUCGUGAGAUUUACUUGUCAGCACGUCAUUGAUGAUCACCAACUCUUACCAUUAGCAAUAGUUAAAACAGCUAAUGAGAAAUCUUUCACACUAACAUUCCAAACUAGAAAUGACAUCAAUGUCAUACGCGACUUAGGUUUGACAAUAAUAGAACUAAUAUCGAAUGUUCCGAAUGGAUGUGUAGCUUUCUUUCCUUCAUACGACUACAUGUUCUUUUUCUUUCAAAAAAUGAAAGAUUUGAAUCUUGUGCAGAAGUUUAAAGAAAAGAAAGUACUCUACUUGGAAUCCCGCAACCCUACUGAUGAUAUAUUCAACAAAUUUUCAACAUCAGCUCGCAAUGGAAACGGUGCUUUACUAUGUGCAGUAACAGGAGGUAAAUUGAGUGAAGGAAUCAACUUCAGUGAUGAACUAGGACGAGGUGUAAUAAUGAUCGGGUUACCAUAUCCAAACAAAAAUAGUGUUGAAUUAAAAGAAAAAAUGAGAUUCUUGGAUUCUCAAAUACCUAAUGGGGGAAAGAAGCUAUACGACUCUUUGUGCAUGCAUGCAGUUAAUCAAGCAGUAGGUAGAGCAAUUCGCCAUAGAAAAGAUUACGCGGCAGUCUACUUGAUCGAUCAAAGAUUUUCGACCCCUGGCAUUCAAUCUCAGCUAUCUGGCUGGAUAGGAAAACGUUUGAAAACCCCUUGCUCAUUCAAAGAAGUUGUUGAUUUGUCGAAGAGAUUCUUCAGUAAUUCAAUGUUAAAACAAUAA